AUGUCUGACAACAGCCAACUGAUCGGCACCUGGACGCUCAAGUCCUUCGCUCUCCACCUCACCAGCGAUGCCAGCAGCCAGCCCAUCUUCCAUCCCCUUGGAACCUCGCCGCUCGGCCGCAUCAUGUUUAAAUCCGACGGCUACAUGAGCUGCACACUGACCAACCCGGAAGCGUUCGAAGGCUGGGCUUCUCCGACCUGGUUUCUAGCGUCCGAACAAGACAUCGCCGGCGUCGCGCGGCCGAUGACAACGUACUGCGGCCCGUACCGCGUAUACGAAGAGAACGGGAAGAGUCUUCUCAGCACGGACGUGGAAAUUGCCCUCGAUCCUAGCUGGGUCGGGAAGCCGCAGGUGCGGCAGUGGGAGGUGAAGCAGAGCGGUGGAAAGACUCUGUUGGUCUUGAGGCCAGUGCAGGAAUUUCUGCUUCCGGACGGCACGCCGACGAAAGCGAUCGUGGUGUGGGAGAAGUGGGGAGAAGUGGCGAAGUUGUAG